AUGUUAACGCUAAUACAUGUCGGUUACGAUGGACAGAAAUUCAGUGGACUGCCAGAUACAUGGAUGGAUUCACUGCUGCGAGAUAUCAGUGAAGCUGAUCAAAAGAAAAACCCGAACGCAGUCGUGACUGCUUUACGGUUCUAUGCCGCGUCAAUGAAGGAGAAGGAAAAAGCCAAAUUUAUGACCACAACCAGUGUUUACAAUCCGAGUGAUGAAGACUGUGAUGAUGUUGAAAUUCAAUUAAAUGGCCAGGUUACUGGACAUCAUACCCUUGCUCCAACACCUUCGGGUAUCAAUGGAACCGUAUCGAAUUCUGGAUCGAAGCAUACCGGGUUAAGCUUGUCCUCCACUGAUGAUUCGAUGGGCGAUCGUAGUGUUCCAUCUCCCGCUCCUUCAUUCAAUGGUACGAGGGAUUGUGCGACAGAAAUUGCUCGGGUUCCUCCACAUCAACAGAGGAAACACAGUGCAACUGAUAACGAGUCUGAGCCACCACCACCAGUACCACCUCCACCUAUCCAUCCACGAACGACCGCCCGAAGAGACGCACCGCCUCCACCUCCACCACCUCAACGUGCAAAAGUAUGCAGUUUUGUUUUGUUUUUCUUUCAGUUGUGUGACAUUGAAGCAUGA